UUACAGCACACGCGGCGUGGCUUCAAGUUCGCAACAGAAGCCCCUGAACUUUCUUCCAAAUCUAGAGUUAGAAAUGUUGAUUUGAAGAGUUGUGCUUAUUCUGCCACUUACUGAGAGCAUAAAUUCAAAAUGCCUCGUGGCACAAUCAUGCAGAAAGAUCUAUUGCUGCAGAAAAAUCUCCUCGUUCGAAAAGGCUUUUCCAGUCCCAUUUGGAAAUACUUUGGGUUUCCGUGCAACCCCAGCGAUCCAACUGAACCGGCCUGCGAGGAUGAAAUUGUUUGUGCGCUGUGCAACAAGUGCCUCUCGUACAACAAGAGCACCACGGUGAUGCAUAAACAUCUGAAGGGGCGCCACCCCAAUGUGUUUGACACCCUCGUAAAAGCUCCACCAGAAAAAAAAAUGGCCAAGGGAAAAGUGGGCCGACCAAAGGGUGUUCGAUCAACUAUGUCGUCACGGCUUCAAGGCAAUGAGCUUCGCAAGAGGAAGAAUAUGGUCCCCAAGAGAAGCUCCAGCUGGGUCUGGAACUACUUCUACUUCCCCAUCGACCCCGAGACCCAAGAGACCAACAAGGAGUUUGUGACCUGUGACCUCUGCGAGAAGAAGAUGAGUUAUCAUGGCGGCACUUCUCCAAUGCGCUCCCAUAUGCGCCUCAUCCACAAGAAGGAGUUUGCUGAGCACAACCAAUGGGAGAUGGUAGAGGUGUCACAGGACAUGCUGGACAUCAACGCCACCGACCCCAAGGUGAAAGUUGCAGAGGAUCAGGCCGAGAUCGAGGAAUCAAAUAUGGCUUCAUUGACAGAAGAAGAACUCUUCUCCGAAGACCUGCUGCAAAAGAAAGGGCUAAUUCGUAAGAAAGGGGCCACCUCCAGCGCUAUCUGGCGCUUCUUCGGCUUCAUGCCCGACCCCAACGACCCGGACGAGGCCUUGUCUACUGAUAAAGCAGUGUGUGCCAUCUGCGGCAAGCAGCUGAUCUACACUAACUCCAGCACCACCGUCAUGCGGAACCAUCUGGAUCAUCGUCAUCCGAGGGUACACAAGAUGGUCGCUAGUACCCCACGGAGGAUGAUGGGCACACCAUCUAGUGAGGGGAGACAGCAAAGAACAGGUAUACUGCAGACCAGCAGAAGAAAGAGAUUGUCGGCUUGUGUCGCCAACUAUCUUGCAAAGGACCUGAAGCCUCUGGAAUCCUUAGAAGAGCCCAGCUUCAGGAAAAUGCUGUAUGAGUUUGAUCCAAGAUACAACCUCCCGACAAGGGAAGACUUCACCCUGCGGGUCAUGCCCCUCCUGUAUGAUCAAGUCAAGCAAACGACUGUCAUGCCGAUGGUGAAGGAGGCCAAACACGUUGCGCUUUCUAUCGAUGUCUGGGGGCGCUCUUCCAUCGAGCAGUACAUGGCCGUGACGGCUCACCUUCUGACAUUUGACUGGGAGCUGAAAAGUUUCAUGCUAGAGAAUGUAGAGUUUCCUCUGCCUCACGAUGCUGUGCACAUAGCAGAGUUUCUCAACAAGGUUGCUGCCGAGUGGGGAAUCAGUGAUGACCCGCUAAAGAUCAGCGCUCUGGUCACCAACAACGCUGUUAAGAACAGCUUCACAGGAAAGCAUGUCCCGUGCCUUGGCCACACUCUGAAUUCCUUGGUCAUCGCAGGACUGCAGUGCCCUGGUGUCCAAGGGCCCAUUCAGUGUUGCAUAAGGCUGGUAGAGUUUAUCCAUGGUUCGCCAAAACUGAAAAUUUCCAUCGAUGAGUCUAUCCAGGCAGAGGCAGAAGUACCGGGGGCUUCCCAGCAAGUUGACAUUUCUCAGCAGUAUGACAGCAACCAGCACCUUGAUGUCCAGCGGCAGCUCGAUGUCCUUGAGCAGUUAGUGACAGCAGCUCAGAUAGGAGUAGAGGACCACACUGAUAUCUCUGCAUUGACCUCAAUCCACCAGACAGAGCCACCACGGCCAGCGACCCCUCAGGAAACCUCCCUAGACAUCACCAUGCAAGACCUGAAAGUUCCACUUGGCACAACACACAGCAUGUUGAGGGCCAUACUGGAUAAGAGAGAGCUACUGAAGACGGUACUUGCUGCCUCAGAGAGAAUGGAUCUGGAGUUUUCUGAGACCGACAUAAAAAUUGUCGAAGAGAUUGAGAAAGUCUUAGCUCCUCUUCAGACACUAUCAGAGACCUUCCUCGGCAAAAGUUACGUCUCUGUAUCUGGACUCAUGCCAGCUUUAUAUUAUCUGAAGGAAGUUCUGAAGCAGAGAGCAGGCGACCUGCCCGAGAUCACCGAGAUGAAACAAGCCAUGGCGGAAGAGCUGUUCAGUGUUUACGAUGACCCUAGUAACUCUGUCAUCCUCCCCAAGGCCACGUUUUUAGACGCCCGCUACAAGAAACUGCCUUUCCUCUCUGAGAUGCAGAAGAUUGAACUUCACAAUGAGAUUGCCAAGGAGGCCUUGCUACUCACCGAGAACAGGAUAGAUGAAAGUGCCUCGACAGACGAGCCCCCCUCUAAAAAACCCGUCAUGGCGUGGGCUUCCUUACUGGGCAACAUGUUCGAAGAUGAGAACAUGGGCGUGGCUGACUCAGAACCCAUAGGAGGCGCUAAAGAUGAGAUUCGCAGAUACCUCACUGAGCCCCGCCUUGGUCUGGAGGCAGAGCCUCUCAAGUGGUGGCAGCAGAAUGGUCCCAGGUACCCGAUGCUGUCGGCAGUUGCCAUGAAGUACCUCUGCAUUCCGUCGACCAGCGUUCCCUCAGAGCAGUUAUUCAGCUCAGCGGGUGGUCGCAUUACAGCCAAGAGGUCCCUGUUAGAUGCUAGAGAUAUCCAGUUGCUUCCGUUUCUGAAUGCCAAUCUCCAACAGUAUUGAACAUUUAACUCCAAACUAGUGAUGUUGGCCGGUGUCGUUUGCUUUGUUUCUGUAGUGGAGUAGUGACAUAUGCAAAGAAGACCAUUGGAUUUUGCUUUGUCGGUGUUCGUGGCAAUCAAGUUUGCCCGAUUUUCUUAAACACUGUUGUGAAUCGUUUUUAACAUUAUAAAAAAGAAAGAUUUUAUGGUCGUUCCCAGCUUUACCAUUUGUAUUGUGUUCCUGGCUCAAAAAUAUAAAUUCUAAGUCUCUAUUGAAUGAAUUGGAUUCUGAGAUGUGUUUUUUUAUAUAUUUUUUUACCAUGAAACCAAUUUAUUGUAUUGAUGGGGGUUAAAAGAACCCGCAUAUAGUGACCCCUUGCACGUCUACCAUUUCCGUCAUUCCGAAUUUGUACAUUUUAAGAGUUCAUUGCGCUGUAGGCCUGUAUGCUUCUUUUUUGAAAGGACAAGGGCACUUCGACAUUUUCUAUUUGGUAAAAGGACAGCCUAUGAGGAAAAUGUAAAUUUGUACGGUAGCAUUUCAAGGGCACCAAGGCAAUAACCAGGGGGGGCAUGGAGAGAAAACGCCUCCAUUGCCUACGUGAAGUAUGUAUCAGGCCUGCACUGUUGUAGCUAGUUAUUUGUUAUAUACAGCACAUGUUGGAUCUCAAUAAUCAAUGAAUUGGGGACCAGAAAGCUUGUGUAUAUAGACGAUGUGACCUAUGUUUACAUUCAAACUGCCCUCUGUUGACAAAACACUAUAUACGUCAUGUU